AUGAAGGACCAAGGGAAGGCUGCUCGCACCCUUGGUGGUGCUGGCAGCGCCUUCCUCUCGAGGCCCCGUGGUCUCUGGGAGAGCGACUACCGCUUUGCGGUGGGUGGUCGUCUCAACCAGCUGGAUACCCGCAGUGUCUUGAAGCGCCGGCGUCUUCGGACGCACGACAAGUGCCGAUUCCCUGGCUGCUCAAGGACCGAGACGCUGGCACAUGUGUUGAAUCACUGUGCCGGCACCAUGGAUGCAGUCCGCACCCGCCACGACGACGCUCUGACGAUCAUUGAGCGGGCGAUAGCGUCGUCGGCGGGUGAUCGGAAGGAAAGGGUUGAGCUGAGGGUUAACCAAACCGUACCCUCGCUCCCCGGACCUGCUCUGCGGCCGGACUUGCAGGUCUACAACCACACCACACGUUCGGUGUCAGUUGUAGAUCUGGCUGUGGCCUUUGAAGAUCAAGCUACAAACGACCCGAGGACGUCGUCGCUCGCGCGGAUUGCUGCGCUCAAGCGCGCCAAGUACGACUGCGUCAAGCGACACCUAGAGCGUCAAGGUUGGACGGUUCACCUUUCGGCGCUCGUCUAUGGUUCGCUUGGUGCAGUCGCCGGUGGUAACCUUGCGGUUUACACCGAUCACCUUGGUGUGCUGAAGCGCGAUGCGAAGCGGCUGGACAGGCACCUUUCUGCUGAAUGCAUUAAGUCCAGCCGCCGCAUUUGGAAUUUGCAUUGCGGCCAGCACCGCGCGAGGCAGACUCGAGAUCCAAGCACAGUUCAAGGACGCGCACACGGGCAAGGGAGACCUAGGCGAGACGCAAGGGGCAGCCGAGUGACGGGGACCGGGGGGAACCCGUCACAUCAAGGCCGCCGCUAG